UCCAAUGAUUUUGUUGUUCAUCGUUGGAUGCGCCAUGACUGCCGUACAUAGGAUGCAUGUGAAGAGGAUUACACCGCCAAUGGUUGAAAUGAUACGUAAUAAAACUUAUGAAAAAUUUGUAAGCGAUAUGAUGAGACGACGAGCAAUCCACAAUAUUUUUGGGGAGAUUCACAUAGAAGAUUUAGUUACAUAUUUGGACAUGCAAUACAUUGGUGAAAUCACAAUCGGUACUCCUGAACAGACUUUUCGAGUAGUCUUGGACACAGGCUCUGCCAAUCUUUGGGUACCUGAUGACUCCUGCUACAAGUUGCCAGAUAGACCUGAUCACUGCAAGAACUCACUGUGCGACUUGGGGCCGAUCUGCGAGGUGUUCUGCAGCGAUCCGUCAUGCUGCGAGGUUCAAAAUGCAACUCGUACUGGAAAUCCUUGCAGAAACAAAGCGCGUUUCACAGCGGGAAAGUCGAAAACCUAUGAAACAGUCGGAGGGGUCUGGAGUAUAAGGUAUGGCACCGGAGACGCAGUGGGCUUUUUCGGCAGGGAUACAGUACGUUUUGGUGCGCAAGGUACUGAUCAACUUGUUGUUCCUGGAACCACAUUUGGACAGGCCAGAACUAUAGCGGAUUUCUUUGCUACUACUACACACCUUGAUGGCAUUUUGGGACUUGGAUUUACCGAACUGGCAAGAGAGCAUGUUAUUCCACCGCUUAUUCGUGCGAACAAUCUUGGAUUGCUUGACGAGCCAAUUUUUACGGUGUAUUACAGCAAAAAUGGAUACGUUAAAGACGUUUAUGGAGGAACCAUCACCUAUGGUGGUUUAGACACUAUUAAUUGCGAGGAUGAGAUUACGUACGUACCUCUCUCGUCGGCUAGGUACUGGCAAUUCAAGGUAGACGCAUUCUCCGCUAAAGGAUACAAAACAAGUGAGACUACAUGGCAAGCAAUGUCUGAUACAGGGACAUCGCUGAUUACUGGACCAUCUUUAGUGGUUGCAAAGCUAGCCGAACAACUGCACGCAAAGCUCAAUGCCUCCUACUCCCUUUACACGCUCGACUGCAAUGCGGACGCUGAAGUGACCAUCACAAUCGCUGGGAAGGACUACCCUAUCACAGCUAAAAACUUGCUCGUUCACCUUAAUGAAAAGACUUGUGUUUUGGGACUCAAGCCAACAAUCGGCGCUUCUUUAGGACCACAAUGGAUCCUUGGUGGCCCAUUCCUGCGGGAAUACUGUAAUAUUCAUGACAUAUCCAACAAAAGGAUCGGUUUCGCUAGACCAGUUGAAAAGUGA